AUGCCCUUGUCUUCGGAGUCGGUUAAAGUUAUCCAGACACUGGAUAAGAAUGGCCAAGAAAUCAAAAGCGUUGGUUUCCAGCGCUUUGGGUUCGACAGCGAAGUGUCUAUUGAUGUCCUCCGAUCACUUUAUCUUCGAUCACACUAUGUGGUCACAGCUUCUGAGUCCCAGGUCCAGGAGCUAGACGCCAAAGAAGAAGAAGGACACGUGUCUUUGACUCAAGGCGUCAAUGCCUAUCAGUCCAGGUCAAUCUUCCAUCCAGACACGCAGGCGAUCUCGUACACAACACUUUCCCGGUUCCCCCCAGUCAAGCUUUUACCUCCCUCAUCGAGAAAGCGCGUUCUUGUCACCGGUGGUGCUGGUUUUGUGGGUUCGCAUCUCGUCGAUCGUCUCAUGCUCUUGGGCCAUGAUGUUACCGUCCUGGAUAACUUCUUCACUGGCUCAAAGACUACCGUGAGUCACUGGGUUGGUCACCCAAACUUUGAAUUGGUUCGCCACGAUGUUGUCGAGCCCUUCAUGAUCGAGUGCGAUCAAAUAUACCAUCUUGCUUGUCCCGCAUCUCCUCCGCAUUAUCAGUUCAAUGCAGUGAAAACCAUCAAAACUUCGUUUAUGGGCACUCUAAAUAUGCUUGGCUUGGCCAAGCGUACAAAGGCUAGGUUUCUUAUCAGCAGUACAUCUGAGGUAUACGGUGACCCUGAAGUCCAUCCUCAACCGGAAGAUUAUUGGGGUCACGUCAAUCCGAUAGGACCUCGUGCUUGCUAUGAUGAGGGUAAACGUGUUGCAGAAACACUCACGUACGGUUAUCAUAAUCAAGAUGGCGUGGAAGUUCGGGUCGCGCGUAUCUUCAAUACUUACGGUCCCCGAAUGAACCCUCACGAUGGUCGCGUGGUGUCCAAUUUCAUCGUCCAAGCGCUGCGCGGCGAGGAUAUGACCGUCUACGGUGACGGCAAGCAGACUCGUUCCUUCCAAUACAUCCACGACUUAGUUGACGGCCUAAUUGCCCUCAUGAACUCCGAUGAGUCGCGCCCACAGAUUGUUUACAAGCCAAUCCCAACUGACGAUCCUCAGAAGAGACGCCCUGACACGACUAGGGCGAAGAAUAGCCUAGGAUGGCAGCCCCGUUGGACAGUGCGGAUGGGCUUGGAGGAAAUGGUCCGAUACUACAAGGCCAAGAUGUCAGAAGGGAGCAUUUGA